AACAGAUAUCUCAUAUUAUUUUCUGUUUGUAUCUAAAAUAGCAUAUUUUCCGUGCAAAUCAAUGCAUAUAACUUCACAGAGUAAAUUUAUAAGAAUACGUGUUAUGUUUACGUUUUUUCAUCCAAGGUUUUUUCGACGAUUUGCCUCCUGAGAGCAAUAGUAAUUCUAAAAAUUUAAUUUCGCGGCGCGUUAAGUGUGAUCUGCGUGUAGGGUGCGGGUCUGUUCUGGCUGGUUCCACGUUUUGUUAAACCCUGAACGUGUUUGCACGUAUUUUUAUGUCUGAAAAAUUUUCGAGGUUUGCUGAAACAGUGAAUUAACAUUUCGAAUUGUUACUACUUUUUGUAUAGCUCACAAAAAAAGAUAAUGGUAAUUUGAGAUAAACGAUAAUAAUUUGACUUGAGUGUUUCACACAUGCUUCGCGUCCACGUGUAGGAUAAUUUUUUUUUAAAGAAUAUCAGGUAAUAUGGAAGCAGUAUCAGCCUUUUCCAUGUAUGCAGCAAAAUGUAACAACACGAAACAGUUACAGAGUGAAAAGAGGAAUAAACAGAACUUGUCAAAAACUUUGAGUCAAAAGAGCAGGAAAGAUGUGAAACGACUACAUGCGAGCCAACAAGGCAAAGGAAUAAAAUCUAAAACAAAAUUGAAUAAUGUCAGUAAAAAGGUACAGUCAAUAAGUUACAAGCAAAAUAUGCAUAGAAAAUCGAAAUUAGAAACAACAAAGAAACAAAAGAAAAGCAACCUUAGCAAAAGAAAAAUUAUUCAGAUGACUACUGAUGCAGUAUUGACAAAGAAUAUUAAAAAAAACAGCAAAAAGAAUUUAAAUAAUAUAAAAGCAAAUUAUAAGAGUGAUUCAAGUAAUUUAAGCACAGAUUCAAUGAUUAAGAUAAAUGAAGAUAGUGAUGAUAGCAAUCCUAUUACGAGUAGUCAAAAAUUAUUUCAGUGGUUAUUACACCCUAUGGAUAUAGACAAGUUCUUUGAACAAAAUUGGGAAAAAGCACCAAUGUAUGUGAGAAGGGAUAUGCCUGAGUAUUACGAGCGCAUCGUAUCAACUGAUUUAUUGGACAAAGUGUUGAGGAACAAUCAUCUCCUAUUUACUAAAAAUAUUGACAUAACAUCCUAUUCUAACGGAGUAAGAGAAACUCACAAUCCUUCUGGUCGUGCUGUCCCAAGUAUUGUUUGGGACUAUUAUAACAACAAAUGUUCUGUGAGGAUGUUAAAUCCUCAAACAUUCAUACCCAAGAUACAUGCGUUGAAUGCUACCCUUCAAGAAUUCUUCGGUUGUUUUGUGGGCGCCAAUUUGUACCUCACACCACCUAAUAGCCAAGGUUUCGCACCUCAUUACGAUGAUGUAGAAGCAUUUAUUUUGCAAAUCGAAGGUCAAAAGCGAUGGAGAUUAUACAAACCACUUAGUGAGAAUGAAUUUUUGCCAAGAUAUUCCUCCAAGAAUUUUGAUCAGUCAGAGAUAGGGGAGCCUAUACUGGAUACAAUUGUUAAAGCUGGUGAUUUAUUGUAUCUACCGCGGGGAACUAUUCACCAAGGAGUGACUCUUGAUAAUGUUCACAGCUUGCACGUUACAUUAAGUGUGUAUCAGAAAAACAGUUGGUGCGACUUCCUUGAAAAAGUGCUUCCACAAGCUCUGAACCGAGCUGCCGAAAACGAUAGUCGUUUUCGUGAAGGAUUGCCCUUGAAUUACUUAACAUAUGUCGGCACUGCACACAAUGAGAAUAAUCAAAAAAAUAUUUUUAAAAAUAAAAUUAAAGAUUUAAUCACUCUCAUGAUAGAGCAUAUUGAUAUCGACAAUGCAGCCGAUUUGAUGGCCAAAAAUCAAAUUCAUGACUUUUUGCCACCUUUCCUGCCCAAAAACGAGCGAAAGCGUACUGUGGCGGAAGACGGCGAGAUCAUGACUAGUAACGGAGUUGUUAAAAACUAUCCGGAGAUAACACUUGAAACAAAGAUACGAUUGUUAAGAUGGCAUUGUAUUAGAUUGUUAAAAGAAGAUGGACUCUAUAAGAUAUAUUACUCUACUGAGAAUUCUAAAGAGUAUCACGAAUAUGAGCCGCAGUUUUCAGAAGUUGAUGAAGAAUUUGUGCCUGCGAUUAAGCAAAUCAUACGAAAUUAUCCUAAUUUUAUAUCUGUGAAAGAACUACAAAUUGAAGAUAAUGAAGCAAAGAUUCAAAUGGUGAAAGAUCUUUGGGAAAAGAAUUUAAUUUUAACGAAGGAUCCUCUGUGUUGAUAUACAAAUUAAUUUUUUUUUUAAAGAAAAGAAAAGAGAAUAUAUGUGAAGUUGUAGAAAUGUCUAAAAUACUAAGGAAUAUAUAUAUAUAUAUAUAUAUAUAUAUAUAUAUAUAUAUAUCUCAAUGCUCAAGAGAAUAUAUAUAAUUUUUUUUUGCAACACAUGUACGUGUGUGUUUUUGUUGCGAAAUACGAAACAAACAAUAACAAUACAGUAUUACAAGUAGAAAAUUAUGUAUAAUAGUCAUAUGACAUGAUAUGAAUAUCA